AACCUAAAUCGUAAAUGCGUAAUUAGCAAGAGACCAAAAUCACACACCAAGAGAGAGAGAGAGAGAGAGAGAGAGAUGAACAGUGUAUGGAUGUGACAAAAACGGUAAUGGCAAACCCUAGAAGGAACUCAUAUUCAGUUUUUUCAAACAAUCAGACCUCAGACACCAACAACAAUCCAUCUUCAUCAUCAUCUCAGGUUCAAACCCUAACAACACUAUCUUCAUUGAAAUUAUUCUUGAAGAAGCCCCAUGCUUUCCCAUUCCUUCUCUCUUUGUUCCUCCUCCUCACUUGGGUCUCUCUCAGACUCCAACACUCUGCUCAUUUCUCAUCCCCUCCACAUCUCACUCACCCUCGCCAAUGGAGCAGAGACAGAGUCGAUGACGACGAUCACAAGGUCAAUCUCCUCAGGUUCUCAUCUGCAUAUCCUUCUCGCAUCACCAAAGACAACCGUGGAUGGUUGCUUGAUCCCAUCUCUGUUGCCCGCAAUGCUGCCAUUUCAGGGGGAGCUGUGAAUUGUGCUUCACUUCACCUUGGAGAAAUUCGACCUGGUAGUUUGAGGGGAAACCACAGACACUAUACCUGUAAUGAGACGUUUGUCAUUUGGGGGGCUAAAACAAUAUUUAGGCUGGAGAAUCAUGCUAUCGAUAGAGGUUAUGCUGAGGUAACUAUUGGAGCUGAUGAGGUCGCUGUGGCAACCAGCCCUCAUGGAACGGCACAUGCUUUAAUAAAUGUGGAUCCUCAGCAGAGUACAUUCUUCAUCGGGUGCCAAGACAGAAUAAUUGAUUAUAGUAACUCUAGUUCUGAUUUUAACGUUUGGAAAGAUCUUUAAGUGUUCCUUUAGGCCAUUGUGCAUUCUGUGUUCCAUUAUCUAAUGAAUUGGAAUUUCACCUUUCAUCUUGAAAUGUCUGUCUAAAAAGUAUUUCAAAGUACAAGUUUUCAUAUAUAUAGAUACUAGGUCAGUGAAACACAUUCAGGCAUCAUGUAUAUAAGGCACAGUUGCUGUUCUAUGGCUUAGGUUGUUAUCAUCCAUUCUUUGGUUUAAUUCUGCCUUAGUCACCA